CAUCUAUCAUAAUGACAAAAGAAGAAAAAACUAGACACUCACUUUUUUGUAUAAAUAGUUGCAUAGAUCUCUCACUUUUUCCACACAAUCAUAAUUUCUUUCUCUCUUAGCCUACCAAACUUGGUCUUGCCUCGCAGGCAUAAGAAGAUAUUGAGAAUGUGGAAGUUGAAGAUUGCAGAAGGAAAAGAUGGGCCGUAUUUAUACAGCACAAACAAUUACGUUGGACGACAAACGUGGGAGUUCGACCCAAAUGCUGGAACGGUAGAAGAAUGGGCCGAGAUUGAAGAGGCCCGUCAACAAUUUCGGAAAAAUCGUCAUAAAGUUAAGCCAAGUAGCGAUCUUCUUUGGCGAAUGCAGUUUCUCAGAGAGAAGAAUUUCAAACAGAAUAUUCCAUCAGUAAAAGUAGAUGAAGGUGAAGAAAUUAGCCAUGAAGUUGCAACAACUGCACUGCGUAGAGCAGUUCAUUUUUUCUCAGCAUUACAAGCUAGUGAUGGACAUUGGCCUGCUGAAAAUGCUGGUGCUCUCUUCUUUCUUCCUCCUUUGGUUAUCUGUAUGUAUAUCACCGGGCAUCUUAAUACUGUAUUCUCGACUGAACAUCGUAAGGAAAUUCUUCGCUAUAUAUACUGUCACCAGAAUGAAGAUGGUGGAUGGGGUCUGCAUAUAGAAGGUCACAGUACUAUGUUAUGUACAGCUCUUAGUUACAUAUGCAUGCGGAUCUUUGGAGAAGGACCAGAUGGCGGUGAAAACAAUGCCUGCGCCAGAGGAAGGAAAUGGAUACUUGAUCAUGGUAGUGUCACUGCAAUUCCUUCAUGGGGAAAAACAUAUCUCUCGAUUCUUGGAGUUUUUGAGUGGUUAGGAAUCAAUCCAAUGCCACCUGAGUUUUGGAUUCUUCCAUCUUUUUUUCCCAUUAGUCCAGCAAAAAUAUGGUGUCACUGUCGAAUGGUCUACAUGUCAAUGUCUUAUCUCUACGGGAAAAGAUUUGUUGGUCCAAUCACACCUCUCAUUUUGAAAUUGAGGGAAGAGUUGUAUGAUCAACCGUACAAUGAAAUUAACUGGAAAAAAGUACGCCAUUUAUGUGCAAAGGAGGAUCUCUAUUGCCCUCAUCCAUGGGUUCAAAAUUUGAUGUGGGACAGUCUCUACAUAUGUACCGAGCCUCUAUUGACUCGUUGGCCUUUCAACAAGCUGAGAAAUAAAGCUCUUGAAGUCACCAUGAAACACAUACACUAUGAAGACGAGAAUAGUCGAUACAUCACCAUCGGAAAUGUAGAAAAAGUAUUUUUCAUGCUUGCAUGUUGGGCUGAGGAUCCCAACGGCGAUUAUUUCAAAAAGCAUCUUGCUCGGAUUCCAGAUUUUUUAUGGGUAGCUGAAGAUGGGAUGAAAAUGCAGAGUUUCGGUAGUCAAGCAUGGGAUACUAGUUUUGCUAUUCAAGCACUACUGGCCAGUAAGAUGAAUGAUGAGAUAUCAGAUACUCUUAGAAAAGGACAUGAUUUUAUGAAAAAAUCUCAGGUGAAGGACAAUCCUUCUGGUGAUUUUAAAGCAAUGUAUCGGCAUAUCUCAAAAGGAUCAUGGACUUUUUCAGAUCAAGAUCAUGGAUGGCAAGUAUCUGAUACUACUGCCGAAGCAUUAAGGUGUUGUCUUCUCUUCUCUACAAUGCCUUCUGAAUUAGUUGGUGAGGCAAUGGAACCUGCACGACUGUAUGACUCGGUGAAUAUUAUUCUUUCCUUACAGAGCAAAAAUGGGGGAUUAGCAGCAUGGGAGCCUGCUGGGUCCUCAGAGUAUAUAGAAUUGCUCAAUCCUGCUGAAUUUUUGGCGGACAUUGUCAUUGAGCAUGAGUAUGUUGAGUGCACUGGCUCAUCAAUCCAAGCACUUGUUCUGUUUAAGAAGCUAUGCCCUGGACACAGAACCAAAGAGAUCGAUGAUUUCAUUCAUAACGCUGUUAAAUAUAUUGAAGAUGUACAAAAGCCUGACGGUUCAUGGUAUGGUAACUGGGGUGUGUGCUUCACAUAUGCCUCCUGGUUUGCUCUUGGAGGGCUUGCUGCAGCAGGCAAGAGUUACCGCAACUCCGCAGCAGUUUGUAAAGGCGUUGAAUUUCUGUUACGAAAACAAAGGUCUGAUGGUGGCUGGGGAGAAAGUUACCGUUCUUGUCCUGACAAGGUAUACAGAGAGCUUGAAACAGAUAACUCAAAUCUUGUACAAACUGCCUGGGCAUUGAUGGGAUUGAUUCAUUCCGGCCAGGUUGAUAUAGACUCAAGGCCUCUCCAUCGUGCGGCAAGGCUGUUGAUUAAUUCUCAGAUGAAAGAUGGUGACUUCCCACAACAGGAAAUAACUGGAGUAUUCAUGAAGAAUUGCAUGUUACAUUAUGCAGCAUACAGAAAUAUAUUUCCAUUGUGGGGUUUGGCAGAAUACCGCAGAAAUGUCCUAUUACCAUUAAAACACAACUAAAAUAUACAGGAUGCAAUUUGGUCCUCAAGGAAUAAUGUAGCUUAUUGUUUAUUGUGCUAAUGUAAGUGGCGUAACAAUGCCCAAAUCAUACCAUAAGUUGUUAAUGUUUUAUAUAUGUGCAUAAUUUGUGAACAAAGAAAAUUACAAAAGAAAAAACGAAUCAUUAUAAUUCUCUCUA